GUAGACCUGCACGCCAGCUCCGAGCCCCCUGAUCUGUCCCCCCAUGAUGGAAACUCUCUCUGGGACGGCUCCUCUAUUUCUGUUUGUGUCGCGGCUCGAGACUCGCUUCCUUACUUGAGGUCUCCAAGAGGACUUCAUCGAGGACUUGGCUUAGGGGGUGAAGACAGUGCGGACAGAGAGGGGAUAAGGUCUUUUUUGGGAGGGGGGGUGGAGGGGGGAGUUUUGACUGACUGGAAGGCCCAAAAUAUGGAAUAUAAAUCUGGAAGGGAAUUUGCUGCAAGGAUUUAUUCAGAUGAAGGACAACUGAGAUGCACGGCUCCUUAGGCGGGACCCUGAACUCAGGAUGAAACAUUUUAGGAGUUGCUGAAUGACCGUUUGAGUGAAUGACUCAACUCACUAUUGGCGAGCCUGCAUCAUGACAUCAGUGGAGAAACGCCGCUCGAGCCGAAAGAAUGGUCGACAUCGAAAGCAAAGCGACGGAGGUUUCAGUGACACCUCAAGCGGUGGAUCCUUUCUGGAUGAGACCGACCGUGAAGUCCGUAGUCUCACCGAUAAAGCCUUCAGGAGUCUCUGCAUUGGAGAAGAGGCCGUUUAUAAUGACUCGGACUUGGGUCCCUCCUCACCUUGUGUCCAGAGAGACAGACAGCAGGCCUUCAGGCAGAGUGGGCCGGAGAAUGAGAAUGGCGACAGGGAGGAGCUUAAAAGAGCAGCUCAUGAAAGCUUCAGCCUGAUGGUACAGCAGUUGGAACAUGAUUUGAUCUAUGACGGAAUGUAUGGGGCAGAGAUGAACAGAAAUCCACAGUGGGAUGUUUGUGGAGAUAGAACACAAGGGAGGGUUUCUGCCCCAUUCCAACAGCCUUUAAUGGAAAUGACCCAGGAGGAUAGAUCUCUUGAAGAAGACCCACUUAGCUACUUUACCAACGGAGCCACAGAUUUGAGUUUGCAGCAUCGAAGAAGCCGUUCUAGAGUUUCUUCACUCAUCAGAGCAUUUAACUGUGAGGAUGGAGCAGUAAUGGAGGAUCAACUCAGAGAAUGGAAUGAUGAGGCACGCUGGAAUAGACCAGAUAUGAUGACCAUGCCUUCAGCAUACCAGCAACAUUUUACCAACGGUCAUUUCGCCAUGGUUGGCCAAUUCUCAUCCCAGGACACCAACCUUUUCUCUACUGAAGCAGCUGCAAUGUCUCACAUGAACGCUGCCUCCUCUUUUAUGGGAUUGUCUCACAAUAACCAUAAUAUGAUGACACAAGUGGACUGUAACACCAACGUCUUCAUACACAGCGAAUUCAGUCCCUUCAGAAUAUGGCGAGACCAUAACAGGUUCCAACAAGGUGAAGACUCAAGGUAUAUGCACAGUUCAGAGUUCCCAAAGUGGGACCAGACACCCAUGUACAAGGAGCUUUCACUGGAACCCCAAAUGAAUGGUUCUCCUAUGUUUCAAAAGAGGGGUGGAAAACACCACAGGACUAUGAUGGCCCCUGCGGUUCCCAACCAUCCUCAACAAUCCAUUUCAACAUCCACAAGGUUACAGAAAGCAUCUGCCUUGGAGAAGCGCUGUGAAUCUGAGCAGGCGGUCCAUUAUCCUCACAGGAUGAGGACACGGAGUCUAGGAACAAACAGACUUCCAUCCCAACGGCCAUUAACAGCAUCGCCCACUGGAGAGAUGUCUCAUAAUGUUCAGGAAACACUCAGCUCUGUUGAGGCCCUACAUCAACAGAUUAAAAUAAUGACGGAGCAAAAUAACAAUCCGAGGUUGACAACUAAUAGACAUGGACCUCUUCAUAGUGAUGACACUCUAUUUGGGGUCACCAUGGAGCAAAACGCUGCAAGCCAGAACACCAGUAGCCUCUCCAAUAUUGGCCAGCUACCUUUGCCACUGGUUCCCAUGUCCCAAGCAGAGCCACCAGAAAGUAGACAGGAUAUAGGUUCUCCUCACGUUGUGGAACAUCCACCAGUAUGUGCCGAAAGUAGGGGAGCCACACCUGAUGCAAGGAUGUCAAACUAUAAAUCCAGAGCCAGCAGCCUCCUCUUCAAUCUCAAAGACAACCGAAAGAGAGUGAAAAGUACAUACAGUCCUACCAAAUUUAAAGGCUGCGAAACAACAGAUAAAAGCAGAGAACCUCUUCUGUGGGAAUCCAAAGACACUGUGAUUGACAUACCUGAGUGUCUACAAGCAGACAUUCAGGAAUCUAGCUGGACUGACGGAGCCUCACAUCAAUAUAUUCAACCCUAUCACAGCCCCAGACUUUUUUCUCCUGGAUCAACUUCUCAGUCCAAUACAGGGCAAGUUUCAGACUAUAAGAUGGCUCAGAGACAAGAUGAAACAGUCCAUCAGUCUGGGCACAUACCUGUAAAUUACACCAGAAAUCAUUUCAGUGAGGACCUGGCAUUAUUUUCUCCCUAUAAGCAGGACAUGGCGGACAUUCAGGUGGGAGCGGAGGCAUACACACAUAAAUCGUCUUUUAAUACCACAGACAUGAAUUGGCAAAUGGGUGAAAGCAGUCAAAUAUCUAGGGAAGGUGCCUAUUUGAAAGAACGAGAUGUGAGGCAUUCCGCUGAGGUGACUCAACAAAACCAGAACAAACACAAUUAUAGCAAUGUUUCAAAGGAAAGGAGAUCUCCAAGUACCCCAAACCAAUUGGCUCUGAAAGCAGUUGUAGCUCCAUGGAAACAAGACACUUCACCUUUUAAAGAAAAACACCAACAUGCUCAGGCAAACCAACAAGCUAUCCCUGUAAAGCAGAUCAGUCCACCAAGAAACGAUCACAGAAGAGAAAGUCAGCAGGACACAAAUACGGAAGCUAAGAGAAAACCAGAGUGUAAUAUUCCUGUUAAAGAUCCAGACUUUUGUGAAAAAGACACAAAAGAGGAUUAUUUACGACAGAACAAUCAUGGAAAUGGACAUAAAGAACCUGACAAAACUAUGCAAAAUCAAGAAAUAAGUCAGAGAAAAGUAUAUACACAAAUAUUAAAGGAAGAAAAGCCAAAAGCAGCUGAGCAACAGAACACAUCAAACAGCCAAAACCUCUCAUUAUCAGCCAGCGGGAGGACAGAAAGGGUCCACCAAGUGAAGGGUGGGCAAUUGAUGGAGGUCAUGGCUGGGCAAAAUACACCUAAAGGAAUACAGUCAGAGCAAAUACAAUCUAAAAUUCAGCAGUGGGAUCAUUUGCAUCCCAAAGACACGUCUGCUCUGUGGCAGACUGGUUCGGUUGAAGCAGAGCAAGCGCAACCAGAAAAUACUAUUGAAACAACAGGGGUUAAGGUCAAGUCAGGACAAGACGAAGCAAAAGAGCAAAGAAACAAGCAGAUAAAAGGAAAACAAAAAGACAGAACCAAUGAGAAACCAACAAGAGCUCCAACUCAAGUUGGAGAUAGUAAAGGAGAAAGCAAUUAUGUAAACGCAAAAGCUGAAGAGAUGAGCGGUGUGCAGAGUGAACGAGUCCAAGCGGAGCAAGCUGACUUGGAGGAACUUAAAGGCAAACAGAGACCAUUCGAGUCAGUUAGAGCUCAACCAUCUCAAAAAGACAACAUCAUGCUGGAUGAAGUCGAGGAAAAAACAAAUAGAAUUGAUCAAGAAGGAGAACAGAAAAUGUUACAGGAAGUCCGAGGAAAGAAUGUUCAAAGGGACGAAACCGUCCCAAAGCAAGUCAACAAGGAAGAAGCUCAACUACAGGCUAAAGCAGAAGACGAAAUGGAAGUGCGCAGUGGAAAGGACAAGCAAAACGAAAAGAAAGCUGAGAGAGAAUCAAAAGUCAAUGCUCAAACUAAAGAAGAAAUACAUGAAGCCAAAGAGAAAAAUUAUUUUGCCAUAAAAGCAGAACUGGUUAAGAUGGAGCUAACAAACAUGGAACUGGCAAAAGUAGCACUAGUGAAACACCAACACACAAAACAAAGAUCAUCAAAGUCCACGGCAAUCCUAACAAUGCAGCAUCACGUCAAGAGUGAGCCCAAUAAAAUUGACCGUGUAAAGGUUGAGUUAGCCAAAGCUAAAGCUGAGCUCGCAAAAAUAAAGGAGAAAACCAAGGGGGAGCAAAGUCUGAGAGAGAAAUAUAGCUUUAGUGAUUCACUUCCACACAAAAUGACACCAGGGUCAAACAUUUCUUCAAAAGAUGACAACGUAACGCCAUCAGCUGUGUCACUUGAUGUUGCAGAAGUUAAUACCAACAAAUCAAAUGGUGGCAACACCACAGUCAGUCGUGAACCCAAUAAGGACAAAGUCACCUCUAAUAAAGGUAAUGAGAAUCUUUAUACCUACAGCGAGUCAUCCAAAGAAUUUAAAUUAUCUCAGGAAGACUAUUUACCUUCUUGUGUAGAUAAAAGAGCAACUGGUGACGCAGUUUCUGAUAUUGGAAAGGAAGACAAAGUUAAAAAAUUUGAAUCAUUUUAUCCCAACUUCUAUUCUUCUGCUUCAGAACAUUCAGAGCCAGCUCGAAACCCUGAAAGGAAACACAAAUCUGAGCGUCUGAAAGCAAUGCCCCAUAAAGAGAAAGCUCAGACAAAACAGGAGAUUCUUACUUCCAAAGUAAAGGCUCAUGCUGAGAAAGAGAUUUCAGCUCUGAUGGAAGGUUUUGCUUCACGGGAAGUCUUCACAUCUAAAAAGACCAGCAAACCACUACCAGCUAGUCAGAAUCUUCAUUUGAAGCUUAAACCGCCAUCGCAUGAAGUGCUAGGAGACCAUGGAAUCUCAAUAUCCAGUAAUAAUGCCACUAAACAUCAGACGGAAGCAUUAGGAAUGGAGGACAAAGCUCUUCCCAGCUUUGAAGGAAUCAGCAAUCAAACUGUCAAUCACCUGCAACAGCUACUUCCCACAGAGCCUAUGAAGAGCAAUGACCCUGCUCCAGAAAUUGCACCCACAGUGAUGAAAAUGACACCAGGCUAUUCUGCGAGCACAGAGAAGCAAGCAGAUCAUCAUGAAAUCAGGUCACCAAUACAAAAUAAGGAUCAGGAAUCAAAGUACAGUGAAGAACAAACAGCAGUAGAACCUGACGAAAACUCAGAAAAACUAGAAUCGGAAUCACUCAUUUUCAAACCACAUCCACCCGUCAACAACAUGAAGUCACAGCAAGAUGCAAGCGAAGAGGGCGUAGUUCAGAAAGACUUUGUCUUUGGACAGAUUAAGAGCUCAGGGGCAGAGGACAAUUUAAAGAUGAUGGGAAUAAUUGUGACUGAGAAAUUGGACAAUGAAGAAGGUCGUGGUGAGCCUGACACGUCCUUCCUCAAUUCAAGUACAGAAACGAGUCAGAAGAGUGAAUGUUUGAUACAUAUCAACUCAGGACACGCAAAGGAAACUCUUCCCACAGAAAAUAAAACUCAAAAUGAAGUUGAUAUGAAUGUUCAUCAUGAAGAAACCAUAAAGAAAAGCGGCACUGAAAAUGUGACUAAGGAAAUGGCCUCUCCCUUGCACCAGUAUUCUAACAUCAAUGCAGGACCCCAAAGCAAAAUACGAGUCGAAGGACCCAUGCCUGGAAAGGCUGUGACCCCCACACUCCGUUCUAUAAAUAAAGCAGCAGCCGAAACUCAACUCCAGGACGUAACGACAUCCGAAAUGGCAGGAUGCACACUCGAAACCUUUGACACAGCAAAGAACUGCCGGAAAGAUCAAGACGAAAUUAAAACCAAAGAAUUGACUUCACAAUUAAAGCACGUCACAGACAAAUUAAUAAACACAGGACUCGACUCGAACCAGAAUUCCAAUAAGGCUGCUGCAGAAACUCAAUCUCUCACACCGUCACUGGAAAAGGAUAUCGCACCUGAUAUAAAUCCAUCUAAAAUCAGCCACAUAGAAAAUGAAAGUGCACCUCUACUGGAAGAAAAUAGAAAUGGCAAUACCACUCCCCAAUUAAUUAAGACUUCAAGCAUGAAUGCAUCUUCAAAACACAAAGAGUCAAACCUGGGAAUUAUGAAUCAGCUUGAAGAUGUUCACAUAGACAACAUUGUCAUCAGCGUCAUACCAGCAGCAGUCAAGACUGACAAUGUGGAGAAACAUCAGAGCACAACUGGCUCUGAUGUGGCUGCAGUUGAGGAACAUCAACAUCAAGCAUCAGUGAGUGUGGGGGAAAACAUGAGCACAUCAAUCAAAAAUCAGGAAACUACUUCAAAAGACUGUGACGAGCCAAAGAAAGAGAAGUUGGAAGACAAACUGAGUGUACAAGAUGUUUUAGCGAGUGUAAGAAAAUUGGCUGACUCAAUGAAAAACACAGACCGAAACUCUCGCAUGAAUACAACAAGAGAUGACAUAGCACUUAGUCCACAAGCCACUGAGGGAGACUACUUCCAAGUUCAGGGAAUACCUGGAAUAUCGUUUAGAGAUAAUAGCACACACACAGAUGUGUCAGAUGUUUCAAAAGCAUUGGAACAUUCCGACCAAGUAUCGGCUCAGAAUAAGUCAGCAUCUUCCACAGUAAGUGUUGAAAAUGAGAGCAUGCGUAAACACACAAGGGUUGCAGCAGAUAAGAACUCUUUGCCACCUAGUGAUUGUCCCACAGAGGUACAAAACUCUGAAAAGAUGGCGACUGCCAAAACGGUGGAUGUGAGAAAGCAACAGUCGGAUUUGAGAUCCAGUUUAUCAGUAAGGGAAAGACGUAACUCAAGAAUUUCACAGCCAACAAGGGAAGAGCCAGAAGUGAAAGCAAAACCAAAGAACAGAGCGUCGACAAUUCCGGAGAUAUCAGCCCUUGCAGACUAUGCUAGAUUAAAAGUCAUUGUUCCAGAAGACAGAGAAAAUAAAAUUCAGGAAUUCCCUCCUCACAAGAAAGAAGGAUUCUUUCCACUGAUACAAUCUCGUCAUAGCAGACGCCCAGUAUUCACUGCUGAGCCACAAGAGACAAAAGACAAAAGUGAGCCAAAAAAGACAGAGAUUAACACCAAAGUCAGCAAAGAGCCCAGACCGGUUGUGUUUCCCAUAACUGAGAAAGAGCAUCAGCGGACAGGUAUGUUCAAACUGGGAGAGAAGGACAUACGAGAGAAAAACAUUUCUGAUGUCAAAGACCAUGAAAGAGUUUUGGAAAAUCAGCUACCACAGUUCACACAUAGAAAAACAACGAAAGAUCAAGUUAAAAAUGAGGUCAACAGGGAAGAGGUCCAAAAGGUUGAGGGACAAAUAGUUAGUCAUCAAAGAAAUAAUCAAAUGCAAGCUUCAAGCCACUCUUCCUCAAUUAAUAAAGCAAGAGAAGGUCAUCAGUCACAACCACAGAAACUAAUUGAUACCCCAAAUCCUAAUGAAAAAAUGUCAGACUUGACCUCAAUUGAUAGUUUGGUGGUCAGGAAUAAAGGCUUUUCCACAAAAUCCAAUGUGGAGACAAAUUUUCAAGAGAGAGCUUCAAGAAUUAGAAAUGUUAUAAAUGAAGACACAACACGAGAAAGAAAAUCAGAACAAUCAAGAAAAGAAAAGCUUGACACUUAUCAAGAAGAGACAAAAGACAAAAGACUGGCGAGAGCACAACUACAGCAACAAGAAGCUUCCAAGAGAAGGGAAGCUGUAAUUGCAGAAGAUAUAAAAAAAAAGAUAGAGGAGAGGCGAGCUCUCAUAUCAGAAGAAAGAAAACGAGCACAAAGAGAAGCAGCAUAUUGGGAAAAAGUCAAAGAAGCACAAAGGAUGGAGGAGGGAAAAAAGGGAAAACAAACAGAAGGCAGGAGAACAAAUCCAGGAAAGGAUGAAAAAAGGAACAUACAAGAAGGUGAAAACACAAAAGCCCAAGAGGAAAAGCAAGGAAACAUCUCAGGUGGGCAGAGGAACAGACUGGAACAAAGACAGGCAGAGAGAACUCUUCAAGAUGAAGAGCAGAUGAGAGCGGUGCUCAUAGAGGAACAACGUCUAGCCAAGAGGAUUGAGGAAAGGAGACUUGCGGAGCAGGCGAGGAUCAAAAAGAUUCAAGAGCGCCUGAGAGAUGAGCAGAGGAGAGAAAAGCAAAAAAGAGCCGAACAGACGACGUGUGAGAACAAAGAGACGACUGACGAAAAGCCAAACACCAGUGCCAACAUGAGAGAGGAGCAGCUGUCCAAAGUUGAGAGGGUGAGUGCACCUGAAGAGCAGAUAAGAGAUGAUGAUGUCAUGGCUAAAAUGGAAGAAGAAUAUUUAACAGCUCAAAGUGAGAUAUCCUCGACCGGUGAGGAGCAGAAACGUGCAUCGCGGUUGAUGGAUGCUCUUCAGUACUACACCAUCACCACUACAGAUAAGAAACCCAAAGAAGGACAAACAGACACCCCGCUACCCCUCCAACAAAAACAACAGACCUCUGUGCCCGCCGAAGAAUCUGGAUCACACAGAAGGUUACCCAGGCCACAUGCUCCACCAUCUCCUGUUCCUUCUGUUCCACGCUCCAAUACUUCCUCCCCAGCACUUGGAGGCAAACCCUUGAUGUUCAGAGUGAAGGAUAACACCAAAGGUUCUUCUUUCACUAAAUCAGUUAAACCACGCUUUCAUAAGAACUUUACAGAAGAGUCCAGAGCAAAUUCACCAACAGAAGGAAGAGCAGAGAGAAGAGAGGAUGAUCUUGAGGUACUGAGGCGUAACACCGGCACGUCCAUCAACCCUGACGCAGUCAAAGGAUUAAACCGACUUACUCCUAUUAACAAAUCUUCUGUCUCUCAGCCAGCAUCUUCCUCACAAGAUCACUCAGCCCCUCUUGCACAUCACAAGCCCUUCUCCAGGAGAAGCAUCGCUCUGGAUGAUGACGACUCUCGAUCGGUUAUCAGUAACAUGUCUGAGGAUAUACAGAGUUUUGCCACCAGUUCUGCUGACAUAGCAGAUUUGAGAGGACUAUAUGAUUACGAAAGGCCGGUCUCAGCCUGCAGCAUUAGCAGUGAUAUGUCCCGUUUGGGAAAACCUCCAAGUGUUCCCCCAAAAAGUGACAAAGCCUUGCGCAGGGCACAAAGACUGACAACUCGUAGGAUAAAGAAAGAGGUGACGCAAAGCUCAGCAACCAACCCUGCAGAGAGAACACAACAGGAAGCCACCGAUAGGCCUGCUUCUGCCUCCACCGAGGUACGGUCCUUAAACCGCCAUGCCGUGGCUUCUCCGCAUUUUGCUCCUCCUGUCUCCCUCACCCAUGCACCGACAUCUGGGCCUGGCUUACCCUCCACACACACAGAGAACCUACGCUCACGCCUCGCUUUCCAUGCCUCCUCUCAUACCACGGCCCCCGUCUCCCUUCCUGUCACCUCCCCUCAUGUCACUGCACCAGUUGCGUCUCCUUCGCCUGCACCUGUAUUUCACUCUGUCACCACUGCUCAUCCCGCCACCCCCAUCUCCCCACCCAUUAAUGCAUCUGCAAUUUCCUCCCCUCAUUCCAUUGCACCUGGACUCCAUUCAGUUCCAUUUCCUCAUGCCGCCACCCCUGUGUCCCUGCAUGCUGCCUCCACUCAUGUAACCUCACCCACAUCACAUCAUCUGGCCUCACCUCAUUCCACUGCAUCCCCUCACACCUCUGCCACGUCAUCCCAGCCAGUAGCCGCUCUUCAUACCACGGCUUCAGUGACUCAUUCAGCUCCCUCUCAUGUCCUGGCUCCUGUAAACAAUCCAUCCGCCACUCUUCAUGUCACCGCUUCUCUCGCCAACCCAUUCCCUUACAUGCCUGCCUUUGUCUCCCACCCCGUUGCCAGCCCUCAUGUCACUGCCCCCAUGUCACUCCCAGUGUCCUCCCCUCAUGCUUCUGCCCAGAUUAUCCACACUGCUGUUCCAAAGACAGUUCAACAUGUUCCUUCUUCUCCCACUGUCCAUUAUGCUACCCACUCAGCUCCAGUGACACAGUACCAUGUAGACUCAAGCUAUCCCCAGUCCUUUCCCCUGACCCAGCGCAAGGUGUUGCAAGACCCUGGCUCUGGCCAAUAUUUUCUUGUAGAUGCACCCGUCGAGGUGAAAAUGAAGACUUUCUUUGAUCCAGAGACGGGAAAGUACGUUCAACUUAAUGUCCGUGAGUCUGGUCAGAACAUCUUUCAACCUCAUCUCCAGCCUGUGUUGACUCAGCCAAUAUUCCCUCAGGUGAAUUUACCCCAACUGCAGCUCAAGCCUGAGCUUCUCUCUCAUAGUUCUCCGGCUGACAUGCCUUUUAGACUUUAUAAAGGCUUCCAAGCUUAUCCACAAGUUUACAAACCCCAAGGUAUUGCCUCUAUGCUUUCCCACAGGCCGUCCUCAGGCGUUUCAGUCCACGAGGAACCCUAUCUAAAAAAUGACUGCAACACAAAUCAAUCCAAUGAAAUUGGUCGCAAAUCCGAAGGUCAACAUUACAUCCCUGAGCAAACGCCGUACAUGGAUACUGUUAAUGACACAAACAAAAUACAAAACACUGUUUACAGCAUGCAAGGAUCCUUCCCAGAGUGUGACGCAAACAACCACCUUGCAGGAAGCCUUUGUGAAAAUGAUAACUCAGCACACCCAAGGUGUCAGUCACGCAAUAUAAUACCUAUGAGUGAACUGGAUGACUUUAUGGAGAUGACCGACUGGUGAGGUAUUGGGGGGUUGAAAAAAAUAAUUUCUUUGGUGUUGUGGUGAGCGUCAGUGUAAACAAUUCAAUAGAGGAGUAUUUUAUUUAUACAGUGAUAUUUUUCAGGUGGAAAAAAACGAUAUUUUUAGUUUGUCUCUCUGAAAUGCUGUUACAUUGUUUAUGCUUAGAUUUAUUGGGAUAAAGCUUGUGCUACAGAGUUCACCAUUCCAUUGUCCUUUAUGAAUGUGAGAUGCUAAAGUAGCACUCUAUGUAAACGUUGACAUAGCACAACUUUUGGUUUGUGAUGCAUGUCUUGUGAUGCCACUGAAGGUUCUACUGAUGUAAAGAAGCACUAUAUGAAGCUGUUGUAAAGUGUCAUACAAAAGUUGCUAUUUAAUUUUGAAAGUUGUGUUUUGCUGUGAAACAAAGCAGUGUGGGAUGUACUAAAGAUACACUCGACUCAACAGAAUAACAAUCAACUAAAUGACUACCUUUCAGAAAUCGCCUGAUUGCUGCAGAUUUCAUUUUGUGACUUGAAAACACAAUAAAUGCAAUAAGAAGAUAUUACUUGUUACCGGUUUUGACAUUUGAAAUGUUUCCUGGGUCUGAAUGACUGAAAUUAAACAUCUUUUCCGAUGAUUGCGUUCAACAAUUAUGAAAGGCUGUUUCGAGUGCAUUGAUAGGUCCUUGGAGAGUUAAUAAACAAAAGAAAUAUUUUGCAGCGUA